UGUGGUGUGGGAAAUCCGUGAUAUAGUUUUAUUACAUUACAACAAAGUUUUUCGUGUGUUUUGUACUAUUUUCAAGUAUAUAUAGGGAGGAAAGUAUCUGUGACAAUGGGAGACCAGCGUGGCGCUGGUAACUCUCGCUCGUACAAGAUCCGAGGGUAUACGAGAGAGAGACAUUCAGCGAAACCGUAUGCUCGUCCGUAUGAACGUAAGAAGGGAGUUCUAGAGACGGUGAAAGAUUUCUUCUCUCCAUCAUGGCUUGUAGAUUUAUUUAAAGGAAACCAGAGAUCAGAAACUAUCGAAAUAGAAGAUGAAGACGAUGAAGAAGAACACGACGAGGUUUCACAGGGAAUUGACCAAACUUUCAAUCCGGGUUUUAACGAGCGAGCGUCGUCUUCUCGACCCGAAGAAACUUUAACAGCCGGUAAGAUAGGCAAUGGGCAGUUAAAAUCCUCGUUCGGGCCGGGAUAUUUCUCAUCUAUUUUACGAGAGCCUGAGCUUUCUGUCGAAACACCUUCCACCUCGAGACCUGCAAGAACGUUUGGUUUAUUCACUGGGGAUGAUCGUGUGGGUGAACCUUCGAUUAGUUCGGGAAGAACGGAGGAAUGCGAUAACGAACUUGAAGUUCCAAGUUCAAGUAACGAGAAAGUUGUAAGGCCGUCAAAAACGGGCGAGGAAGAAGAUAUCACCAUUAUUCAUCCAGAAGCACAGGAGAUGAGCAAAUCAGACUCAAUUAAAACAUCCACGCCUGCCUUGUUUUCAACUCCUGGUCUCAAGAAAAGGCCAAACACAACAAUAUUUGGUGAACCUUUGCCAGAAGCUUCAACAUCCCAGGGAUCAAAUCCUUCCAGGCCACAGUUGUUUCCUUCAUUGUCUGAGUCCCGUCCACAGCCUUUCUCAUUAUCCAAAAACAGACCAACUUUCUCUCUGUCUGCCUUUGGUUCUCCUUUGCCACCCAAGCCAUCAGAAGCUGGUGGUUUUUCCUCUCCAUUUUAUCAUGGAAGAACAUCUUUUGGGGGAGCUUCCUCUCUACAGUCUUCAGGUUAUAAAAGACAGAGGAUGAAUUCCCCAACUUUUGGAGAGGCUCCAAAACCAGUAAGGAAAGUGAUAACACCCAAGCCUGUUUCAACAUCUGGAAGAAGUGGUGUGACUAGUCAGACAGCAAAGAGAAUACUUGACGCUUUAGAAAAUAUGUCCUCACCCUUAAUUGAUGCCAGAAGAAUACCAACACCUCCCGAAUCCACUUCAGCUUCACCCCUGUCUUUUUCACCUGCGAAAAGGAGAAGAGCUCCAAUUCCUUCUCGAGCUGUAGGUUCUCCACGUUCUCUGAAGGCCCAUUUUCCUGGUCCUCCAGUGCAAGAUCUCUCUGCGCCUCAACAAGUAUCAAUUUCUCGCUUGAGGGCAAAGGAAACCUCAACCCCAGCAAGCACAGCAACUUCAUCAGAUUCACAAUUUUCCACAGCAUCAACCACUAUCCCAACAUUUUCCAAGCCAUCUUUGGUGUCCUCCUUCACUCCAACACCUUUACCAAUUUCGCUAUCGCCAUCAUCCUCCAAGGGCGGGGGGAAAGUGAAGAGCUCAAGAAGUACAAGUCAUUACACACAAAGAGAUAGAGGUGACGAGGAGAGGAGUGAAAACCAAGUUGUGAAUCCAAUACCAGAGGUUGAGAAUCCUGUCCCACUGAAGUUACCUAAUGGAAAAUCCCUCCCAUCCUUUUCUUUCAAGUCGAUUCCUCAAACUGCAACAAAACCUGCAGCUACGAGCACCCCAAUAGCCUCUAAUGCAUCAACUCUGGACUUUGCUAAAAAUAACUUCAAGUUCUCAUCCCCUGAAGCAAAAUUGCCAGUGUUUUCCAAAACAUCAACAGCAGAAAAUCAGAGCAGUUCUAACAAAAUUACAUUUUCCUUUAGUGAGCCUGUUCCUGUUAGUAAAAGUAAUACAAACAAUGAAAGUAAACUUGUCAAAGACAAACCGGAAAUAAAUAGACUUUCAGAGGUUAAACAAACAGUGAAGCCUGUUGAACCCAAUAAUAAUCUUCUUUGUAAAUUCACACCCUUGUCUGGUUCCUGGACAUGCGAUACUUGUUUAGUGUCAAAUAAAGCAACAGAUAUGAAGUGCAUAGCUUGUCAAAGUUCUAAGCCAUCAAAUGGAGAGUCAGCUCCCAGGAAACCAGCCCCUUCCAGCAAUGACUUGAUGGCAAAGUUUGCCGCAAAACAAGGGUCUUGGUCCUGUGAAACACGUAUGGUUGACAAUGACGCAAGUAAAACAAAAUAUGUUGCUUGUGAGACACCGAAAACUGGUGCUAAACCACCUGUGUUAUCAUCAAAACCUACUAUCAUUAUUGACAAUGACUUGAUGGAGAAGUUUGCUUCGCCACCUGAUUCUUGGGAAUGUGACACUUGCAUGGUUCAAAACAAAUCAACAGACAACACUUGUAGUGCCUGCCAAACACCAAAUCCUGGUGCUACCAAGAGUGCAAUAGCAACAGCAACAACUACAACAGCACCUUUAAGUGGUAUUUCAUCAAGUAUUAAACCAGACAGUAGUUUAGCAGCAAAAUUUGCUCCUCAAGCUGGCUCUUGGACGUGUGACACUUGCAUGGUUGAUAAUAAAAGUGAAGAUUCAAAUUGUGUGGCUUGUCAAACACUGAGGCCUGGGGCUAAACCAGGAGCAAGUACAGGAAGUGGAUUCAAUGUAGGCGGUGGGCAGACCUUUUCUUCCUCACCCUUUAAAUUUGGAAUGGGAAAUUCAGCAGCUGCAAGUUCUAGCUCAGUAUCAGCAUUUAAAUUAGGGUCCAGUAGCUCUGUAGAUUCUAAAACAAAUGGACAAUCUAGCCCUUCAGUUUCAAUUACUUUUGGAGAUAAUGCAGAUCAAAAUCGCAAAAAUGACACCAAGUCAGAAGGCACCACUCAACGACCUACAUUUGUGUUCGGUUCUUCGACAAUUCUGUCCAAUUUCUCAAGUGAAACAAAGACAGGUGCUCCAACUUUCACUUUUGGCGCUCCAGUUAAUAAUCAAUCGGGCAAAGAUGACAGCAGUAAGCCAUCAUUUAGUUUUGGAGGGAACAGUUCUGUUGACAAGGACAAAGCCACCUCUAGAGGAGAGUAUACAUUUGGUACUAAAAAAGUUACCCUUGAUGCCUCUAACAAAGGUAAAUCAAGUUCUAUAACAGAAGCAGCAGCCAGUGGAAUUCCACAGGUGCCAGAGGUGAAAGACCCUGAUGUUUCAGUACAGUCUACUAAACAGGCAGGAGCUGGAUUGUCUAUUGCUGAUGCUGCCAAGUCAGGCUUUCUCAAAGUACCUGCAGUUGGUGAGAAUAAAGUUGAUCUUGGUGCUCCUCCAAACGUUAAUCUGUUUGCAUCAGGGCCUGCUACCAACACACCAAAUGCUUCAUCAAGGUCGUCUUCUACAGCAAAUUCCGGCAGCUCGGGAUUUUCCUUUACUGCACAACCUGGAGCACCAUCGCCAUUUAGUUUUGGGGCUGUACCACCGUCAUCGUCAGCUGCCACCCCUGCUGCAGACUCCAGCUCUACAGCUUCCACCAGUAGCAAGCCCUUGGCAAAUCCCUUAGCCCCAGGGGGGUCCAGCUUACCAACGUUUCAGUUUGGAGCAGCUUCUAGUUCUGCACCUGCCACGAAAUCUGAAGCAGCUAAGACCACAGCUCUAACCCAGUCACCCUUUAGCUUUCCUGUAAAUACUGCAGAACCAGUUAAAACAACGGCCUCUGCGCCGUUCGCAUUCGUGCCAAAUGCUGCACCUCCAGCAAAUACUCCGGCAGGGUCUUUCAGUUUUGGCCCCAAUCUUACGAACACGACAGGGACCCCUGUAGCAGGAGGUUUCCAGUUUGCAACGCCAAGUACUCAACCUUCAAGUGCUCUGAAGCCUGCUGCUCCAUCAGUAACAACAGGAUUAUUCCAGUUUGGUGCUUCAAAUACAACAGCAAUGACAAGUUCAGCGACACAACCAGCAGCACCCUCAUUUGGAUUAACGUCCACAUCAGUCAGUUCCAGUUCAGCCCCAGUGAAGCCAUUUUCUUUUAGCAGUGGAUCGACAGCGUCAAAUUUUCCGUUCACUCCAACAAAACCCUCUGUACCUAUCGGAGGUAUUCAGCCCUCGUUCACUUUUGGGGGAUCAACCCCAAAGCCGGAGGUAGCCUUCCCUGGAUUUGGGACCUCGCAACCAACAUCAAACCAACAAACAGCACCAUUCAUGUUUGGUGCUGCGUCAUCCAAUGCUCCACCUGCGUCAGAAGAAACCAUGGAGGCCGAUGGAAGCAGCAGCUCUAGCAAUCUGUUUGGCUCAGCAGCCAGUACAGGAGGAACAACAUUCGGUACAGCGGGCUCUAAUCAAGGAUUUGCCUUUGGAGCGCCAAGUGGUCCUUCCACAGGAGGGUUUAAUUUUGGGGCCGCUCAGGUUGCCCCGGGACCAAACACCUUCGCGUUUGGAGCCAGUGGAGGAGGUGGUGGUCCCACAUUUGGAGCCAGUGCUGGCCCAUCGCUUGCUGCUCCCAUUCAAGGUGGAUUCAACUUCGGCGCAGCAACGGCCAACAAUAAUGUAGGAGGCACUGGAGCAUUCAAUUUUGGAGCUCCAUCAGGAGGCCCAUUGUUUACCGCCGGAAUUGCAGGAGAUCCCAAUAAUAUAGCUCAAAGAAAAAUCAAGAAAGCUGUCAGACGCACCAAGCGCUGACCCCCGUCCCAGCACUGGGUUUACGAGACAAGACUGUUGUACACUUACCGAGUACAAACGUUACGGGGCUAUCGUCUCUCUCUACCCGAUGGUACAAGUUACGGGUACACAAACGUGACGCGAACUCACCCGAAUUGUCGCGACGACGAUAAAAACUGCGGACUGUUCAAACGAACACUCUGGAACGGCGACGUAUUGUCGCAAGACGUUUGACGAAAACGCUAAACGGCGGCGUUUAUUGGACGCCAUCUUAGACGGACCAAACCAAGCGUGCCGGCUAGGAUAAAAGUAGAUUGGAAAGAAGAAAGAAGAAAGAACGAGCUCAGCUCAGGGAAUGAAUUUUAGAAUUACUAUGCUACCGCGACCACUUUAUGAACAAAGUUUACGAUAUGACUCCACAGCACAGACCAAGGACAUUUGUUAAAAAUCUUCGUUUGUUUCAUUUUUCGUUUUUUUCUUGAUAUAUUUAUAUAAAUAUAUAUAUAUUUUGUGUCGUUGAUAAAUGUUUUGUGAAUAACAUUUUAGUAAUUGCCUCUUAUGUUAGCGUGGCUAGUUCUGCGAGAAAAAACCGAAGGAAAGUUUCCGUAGAAAGCGACUGUCACUAGCGAAGUAAUGUCUCAUGAAAGUGGAACGUAAUUUUUAUUUUGGUGGGGGGGGGGGGAGUUUUUUUUUUCUUCUUUGAUUGAUGAAGUGAGACGGGAUUGUUUUUCUCAGUUUGAACGCAGGGAGAAAGUUUUUCUUGUAAACAAUCUCUCUUCGUAAUCCACGCCUAGUUCAGCCUGGCGCUUGAUCCAAAUUUUCGUUUAAGUGAAUAGUUCAGAGUGUAAUUUAUAAGUGGCUUUUUAAAAAUAUUUUAAACGACUUUGCGUCAACUUUUUUUCACCAAGAGAGGAUUUUUCUUCAUAGGUCAAGGGAAUUGGGAUGGGAUAUCAAAAGGGGGUUACAAAGAUAGAAUUGAAUGAGUACAAAGCGGUUUGGGCAAUGAAGAGUGCUUGUAAAUAUUCUAUAAUCUAUUUAAGUAAUUUCUUUGUCGCGUGAUCAUCUAAGCUCUUGGUCGGCUUUUUUGUUUGGGUGGUGGUAGGGGAGGGGAGGGUAGAUAUGACUUUGCUCCUCGCAUUGAUUUUAAUCGCUAUUGUUUUUGAAAACGUAAACAUUUGAAUAUUAAACAUUAAACAAAUUAUGUCUCCCUGAUGUGCAUUUAUAACUCUUUGUUUAUCAACAACGAGAAUCUGGGUUGUCCACGCGAGAGAAAUUAGUUUUACUUCAUCCUUUAUUGAAUCAGAAUUUAACCGUCCACUCAGGCUACAAUAAUGUUCCAACAAUUCAACCAAUCAUAGUUUUAGUAUACGAUUAGUACAUGUCUCUUUGCUAGCUACUCUACACGUUUCUUGACAGUCAACAGGUUCUUUUGGCAAGUUCACAGAUCUCAUCCCGUCGAACACGCAUCAUGUCACCCUUAAAACAAAGAUGAAGAAGUUAGUGACUGAGAAUGCACGGACUUGUUUAUUGGCUCUGUGAACUUGAGUAACCGGUUUUCCUUGGCAAGGUGGCUCAUCUCUAUUGAAAUUAAACUCUAAGCUAAGAAAAUUAACAAAACAAAAAAAAUUUAGUUGGCUAAAAUGUGUAGACGCGUUAGCUAAAAAGAGCGGUAUUAUACUGAUUAAACAUAUCAGACUUGCGAAUCUGCUUCCAAAUACGAUAGGCCUAUUUCCGGUCUCUCCGUUCGACGUAUUUUAUAUAAAAGAGUUAAAAUUGCUUUCCUUAGCCAGACUAGGAAUUUUGAUCAAAAUUUUAAAUUCAAUUG